AUGCGACGCAGCCGUUUAAGCUUUGCUUGUUUAUUCAUUGUCAUAGCCGGAAUACUUUGGCUAUCACAUUCGACAAUAAAAGAAACGUAUGAUCGCGCUAAAUUGAACUGGGCGGCACAGCAGGGAGAUAGUGGACUCUUUCAUAAGCCGGACGAUGGAGUCAUAUCGAGUCCAAACUCAAUCAUUCCACCAGCUGAAGUACCAGCAGCAGCAGAAGUCCCCCUCAAUCUCAAUUUCCCACCACAAGCUCCCCCUUCAUCUCCCGGUUCCUCCACUUCUACUGUAGAAAGUAGCUCCGCAUUCGACGAUACAAAAUAUCCCUUCCAAGAAGAUCUCUCCCUUCCUCUCCCGACUGUCGAUCUCAAAAUUUUCGCAGAUAAAUGGCCUCACAAUUAUGACCCCGCUAUGCCAGUGGGUUCAAGGUUCGCCUAUGCAACUUUCAUGAAUACACACAAUCCUUCAAUUCGCGAUCCCUAUUUCAUGGCUGUCCAAUCUCUCAUUUAUCGCGUUCUUUGGCGAUCGUCUUCCAAAACUCAUUCUUAUCCAUUUAUCACGUUUGUCGCUUCCCAUGUUACUCAAGAACAACGACAACUACUUGCAGGUGCAGGAGCUAUCGUCAGAGAACUGGGGCCAUUAGAUUGGAACCCUAGUAGAAAGGAUUUGGCGGAUGGAGAAGACAAACCAAUCUAUUCCCGAUGGAGAGAUACCUUUUCCAAAUUACACAUGUGGGCACAAACGGAUUUCGAUAGGAUUUUGUUUUUAGACGCAGAUGCUUUUCCGUUAGAAAACAUUGAUGAGAUGUUUGAUUUGGUUGCUCCCAAAUCGUGUAAUGCACUUAAGCAAGAACCAAGUGAUCUUUUCCCUGACGGAUCAGCCAGUUGUAAUGGUGAAGAAUUUGUCUUCUCGGGGGUGCCUCAACUUCCCGGCAUUCCGGUGGAGAUCAAUGUGGGAGCGAUGGUGUUUACACCGAGUCAAUUGAUUUAUGACAGGUUUUUACAAAAUUAUCAGAAAUAUAAUAUGUAUAAUACGAAUAUGGCAGAUCAAGCAUUCUUUGCAUGGCAGUUUAAACAAGAUGGUGCGUUUCCGGUGACACCCUUGGAGAGGAAAUGGGGAGGGUUCUUUCCACAUGAUGAAGACAAGGGGAAAUUGAAGGUGGUUCAUGAGAAAUUGUGGGCUGCGCAAGGGUGGCUACUGGAAGAGUGGAUGGAGGGAUGGAGGGAAAUGCUGGAAUGGUAUGAUGGGGGUGGGUUUGAGGGGGAGAGAAAUAAGGAUGAGUUUUUCAAACCAAAGUUGGGAAAACAUUUGGGGAAUGGGGAGAUGUUGUAG